AGAAACUUACCAUGGCCGCCAUGAUGGACACCUCCGAAACAAACUCACAAGAAAUUGAAGAUCGGACACAGCUGAGGUUUCAAGUUGAGCUGGAGUUUGUGCAAUGUCUGGCAAAUCCUCAUUAUUUGAAUUUUCUUGCUCAAAGAGGGUACUUUAAAGAACAGUCCUUCAUUAACUAUCUCAAAUAUCUGCUUUAUUGGAAGAAGCCAGAAUAUGCAAAAUUCUUAAAAUAUCCCCAGUGUCUACAUUUCCUUGAGCUGCUCCAAUAUGAACAUUUUCGCAGAGAACUUGUAAACCCUGCCUGCGCAAAGUUCAUUGAUGAACAGCAAAUUCUCCAUUGGCAGUAUUAUUCCCGAAAAAGAAUGAAGAUCAAUUUACCAAAAUCAUCAGGACAAACAGGUUCUACAACUGAGGGUGAACCAUCGUGAAAUUGCAAAUUGUGUAGAAAGAAAUGUGGACAAGAUGUGUCUACAGAGAUGGCAAACAAUUAAGAAAUCUGGGUGGGCUCAUUUAACACCAAGCCAAGCAGUAGCUCCUCCACACUUUUCUUUUUUUAUAAAAUACCCUUUGCUUAGUUCAUUGGCAGACAUCAAGGUCUCUGUAAUCUUGACAGGGUACAGUGUUGAUUUUGGUGGAUGCACAAGUAGGAUUUUUUUUUUGACAAAGUUGUGCAAUGUAUAAUUUGCUAAAGCUUGAUCCUGACAACAACUUGGCAGAAGAUCAGGAGACUGAAUAUUUUGGUGAGCCAAUUGUAUACUGUGUCAGCCACAUUUUUUGGUACCAAAAAAUUAGGGAGUAUUCCAACCCCCAGCUCCACUGCCUAUGGUAUUUAGAACAUGCUCUACAAGAUCUCAAACCAGGAACACACAAGGCAACAGAUUCAAACAGGAGAAAAAAAAAAACUAGUUCAUUUGUAGCAGGUUUGAUGGUCUGAUCCAUGUUAAGGAAGUAGUGUGGCUGUUUUCUCUAUUCAGUUCUGUGAAAAAUCAAUGGAACCUUGUUUUAUCACGAGUGAUAUUAAAUGUAACUAUACUGUACUGUACAUUUGUAAAUAAAAUA